AUGGAAAUCUGUAUUCUAUCUAAAUUUCAUCUUACUUUCAAAUUGGUCAACCUGUAUCUUUUGGGAAAAGACACUAAGUCACAGAGCCAUAGGGGAGCCUUACCUCUGUCCAUUUUUGGGGAUAGUGAACUAGAGAAUGAUGAUGACUCAGUUCAUCAAGAUGUUUCUAAUUACAAUCUUGCUUCCUCCAGGACAGAUGACAUUAAGAAGAGUCAGGGGUCGAGUGUAUCUAUCAGUGAUCUCAUAACAAGUUUGUACAAUCAAGCUGAGCAGAAAGCUCCUGUUAACCAUUCACAAAAGCCAAGUGAAAAUGGUCUUGAUUCUUUAAUUAAAGCUGUGGAUUCUAAUUUAGUAGAUGGUGAUGGUGAUUUUGAUGAUGAUUCUUGGGAAUUUAAAGAUGCUGUUUCCAGGACAGUAGAUGAACAGAUCUCAGUUCCUGGUCUUGAAGAUCCACAUGUGAAACACUCUACCAAGGUGGAGCCAAAAAAAUUGAUUGAGCAGAAAGAUUAUGCUGAUUUUUAUUCCAAACUAGAGGAUGAAUUAUGGUUUGUUGCACAGUGCCGUCUUGACAAUCUAAAGGUUGUAAGAUUUGUUCGAAAGCACAAAGUACUGCUGCUCUUAGUGGUGAAGAUGGAUCUGUAUAAUGAAUUGCACCAAGAUGGUAUUAUUUCCAUGGUUCACUCAGAGAAUCAGCCACUGACCAAUAUUCACUUUAAUGAAUUCAUUGAAGUUCUCCAGGAACCGAAGUUCCAUGUGCUUGAGGCAGAAUAUCAAUUAUCAAUGAGGCUGCUACUCGCAGAGAAAGAUUGGAGGUCAGCAAUUGAACUCCUAAAACAUGUGGCAUCAACAUCAAAGAUUCUAAAGUUGGGAUCGUGGGAGGAGCAGUCUUCUUUUGUUUCCACUUGGUUCAAAAUGGUGUCUGUUUGUGCGCAAGAGCUGAGACAUGGUGCCUUGGUUUGGAAAGAGUCUUUAGAAAAGAAUGUCUCCAGUCAAUUAUUUUCUGACCCUCGAGGCAAGCAGUAUAUACUUGCACUUGGAGAUAUUUACAGGGUUGUUGAAGUUCUUGGAUCCUUGGCCAAAAUUUUGCAAGCCAUUCAUGCUACUAAGUUCUACAAAUCCCACUGACUUGUUCGCUCUUCUCAGCGAGUGUUUUACCUUAUGGUCAAGUUCAGGACUCGAAGAGGCUGUCGGAAGUAUUUCUGAUCCAACAGGUUUUGAGUAUAAUGUAACUCCCAAGGAAUUACUAGAAUCCAUCAAGCAUAUUCAUGAUCUUGAUGCACUUGCACUUGAUAACCAUGUUUUCUCCUGACAAGAACCUACCUGUCGGCUAACUCUCCUAAGUUCUGGAGCAGUGCCAGAUAUGAAAAUGGUGGUAUGGAAUGGUGAGCACUAUUUCCUACCUCUUGCAAACUUGUGGGCAAAUCUUGAAACAACUAAUCCUCCGAACUUACUGCGCCUGCAUGUUCGCUAAUAAGGAUACCAGUGGAAGUUGAAAUUUUCUAUUGAGAAAUUCUGCAGCCUCAGUUGUCAAUUGAAUCCCACUUGGAUAAUAAAGCUUCUGGGGCAUCAAUUGCAGACAAAGGGACUGUGUCUGGUAGAAAAAGCCACAGUUCGAGUUUCUGGGAACCCAGCGAACACAGUGCCUGAUUGAUCAAACAAAUUUUCAGAUUCCAUAUUGCAUUACUUAAAAUUGAUUGCCAUUCUUUUAGUGGAAGCUGUAGCAUAGCAAUUCAGUGUAGAAAAAAGUUGUAUUACUUAUUUAUUUAUAUGUGAUUGGGUGGAUCAAGAGAAGAAACACCCAUAAAGGAAGGGGAAAAAAAAUAGAAAUUUUGUGAAAAAAACAGAUGAGAAUAUCAUUCUAACUUCUUUGUAAUGGUGACUGGUGAGUUACAGAGUCAUAUCUCAUAAAAUAAUAAUAAUAAGUUGGUUGAUUUUUGGUUGUCAAAA